UAGUUUCUCUCUCUAUUUCUUGAUUUCCUCUAUAUUUUCAUAAUAUAGUAUAUCCCAUCUCUCUAUAUAGUUCCAACUCAACAAUCAAGAAGAUCAGAUCCAAGAAGAGGAUUUUAUUUUUCUGUGUCUAUCAACAAAUAUCCACUGAUCAGUCACCACUCACUCCCAUCAAUCAAAUCAUCAAUACAAUCUAAAGGAAACAAUCAAAAAAGAAAGAUCAUCAUCAUCAUCAUAAUCAUGUCCUCCUCAUCAGCUGCCUUUUCACCGGACCACCUCUCUCCCUCCGACCAGCUCUGUUAUGUCCAUUGCAACUUUUGUGACACUGUCCUCGCGGUGAGUGUUCCUUGCUCUAGCUUGUUCAAGACUGUCACGGUUCGAUGCGGCCACUGCACCAACCUCUUGACUGUGAACAUGCGGAGCCUCCUUCUCCCGGCAGCUAAUCAGCUCCAUCUGGGCCAUGCUUUCUUCAAUCCCCAGAAUAUCCUGGAUGAGAUCAGAAACGCAGCGCCACCGAGUAUGAUGAUGAACCAGCCGAACCCUAACGACCAAUUUAUGCAAGUUCGAGGAGGAGUUCAUCACGAGGAGCUUCCUAAGCCACCUGUGAUUAACAGACCCCCGGAGAAGAGACAGAGAGUCCCAUCUGCCUACAAUCGCUUUAUCAAGGAUGAGAUACAGCGAAUUAAAGCUGGAAACCCUGAUAUAAGCCACAGAGAAGCAUUCAGUGCUGCUGCAAAGAAUUGGGCCCACUUUCCUCACAUUCACUUCGGACUUAUGCCUGAUCCACCCGUGAAGAAACCUAACGUGCGCCAACAGGAUGGAGAAGAUGUAGUACUGAUGAAAGAAGGGUUUUUUGCUCCUGCAAAUGUUGGUGUUCCUUAUUAAGAAACUUGAGCUGUUUAUUAGGGUUUCUUCCUUCUUCCUUUUUUUUUUAUAGCUUCUCUUCUUCUUCUUUAAUCUGUUCUUUAAUUUUAAUUGUUGUUAGGGCACUUGUUUUAAGGUUUCUAUCUCUGGAGACUGCUUGAAAUCAUGAGUUGGUUUAUGUUUGUAUC